AUGAAGGAUCGAUUGCCUGACCGGCUUCUCUGGCGGGAAUUUGGCAAUUCUUCAAGACAUUCGAUCAAUCGGGGUAUCUAUGGAGACAAGACUUGGGUCAAUGACUUGGACAUCGUGAAUGAGCUUGGUGGUCAUUCAGGCUGCGUCAAUGCGUUAAGUUGGUCUACUUCUGGACGGCUCCUAGCCUCCGGAAGCGAUGAUCAGCAUCUCAACAUCCAUUCGUAUCAACCUGACUCGUCAAACGCCCCCUUUGCAUUAGCAACGACUGUUGCCACCGGUCAUGGAGCGAACAUCUUCUCCGUCAAAUUCAUGCCACAUUCGAAUGAUCGAACGCUUGUCACUGCGGCUGGAGAUGCGGAAGUCAGGGUAUUUGAUAUUGAAUAUAAUGGGAGAAAUACAGGAUCGUCAGAAGGGUCAAGCCUAGCGUCUACAGCCCGGGGACAACGGUUCCAAAACAUGUACAAAGGAGUCAAAUACUUGAGUGACGGCAAUACGAACGCGAGAGUCUACCGCUCGCAUGCAGAUAGAGUGAAAAGGAUCGUGACAGAGUCUUCUCCACAUCUCUUCCUUACAUGCUCUGAAGAUGGCGAGGUACGCCAAUUCGAUCUUCGUAUGCCGUCUGCAGCUUACCCACCCCCAAGAGGAGGUCGAGGCUUUCUCGCUCAUCGAGAAGACCAUGAUGACUCUAAUGUGCCACCGCCUUUGAUCUCUUAUAAACGAUACAACCUUGACCUCAAUACAAUCUCGUGUUCAGCUAGCCAGCCCCAUUAUAUUGCUCUUGGUGGCGCUCACUUGCAUUGCUUUAUCCAUGACAGAAGAAUGCUUGGAAGGGAUAUUGGCGCGGAAAAAGGUACCCCUACAAGAUCUUCGCCAGCAAGUAGCAUGUCUGCCGAGGAAGAGGAGCUGAUGGGGAGAGCUACACAAUGCGUUCGUAGACUUGCACGAGAGGGACAGUCACAGGUGGGAAGAAGAGAUGAUAGACAUAUCACAGCUUGCAAGAUUAGUGACGCCAAUCCGAACGAGUUGAUCGCCAGUUGGUCUGGGGACCAUAUUUACAGCUUCGAUAUUGUUCAACCAGGCCAUGAAUCCAUGCUUCGAACAGAAAGCAAGAAGACCAUGUCAGAUAGAAAUGCUGCCAGAAAGUCUAAAAAUGGCAGCAAGCAAAAACGCAAGAAAGCGGCCUCUUCGACUUCUCUUGAGACCGAAAGAAAGAGGUCAAAAACGAGGCCUGGCCCUAGCGCGGAUGAAGACAGCGAGCUAGCUAUUGAAGCGCGGUAUGAGAAUGGUGAAGUUGAAGACGUUGUCAUGAGUGAUAUCGGGCCGCGUCCAAGCCCUUCCGAGCUUGAGAGGGCUCGCGGAGCAGUGUUUACUGAAUCACAGAAACGCAGUCUGCAGAUUGCAAAGAGUUCAGUCAAGAUUCGAAAGAUGAUGUUUUCACUCGAGGCUUCUGUUCAUUCAGCAAAUGGUUCCCAUGACUUCGCGGCGCACCGCGCCUCGUUCACUUCUGCAUUGGGAUUUGCGGCAAGCUGUCUCCCAGAGAUGAAACAGAUUGCUGGUAGCUGGAAGUAUCCGAUGGAUCCAAUGGAUGAAGAUGUUGUUCUACAACAGACCCUGCGCGGAAACCGAAAUUCAUCACAGCGAUUUGUACAGGCUGCGGGCACAUUAGCACGAUGCUUAGGUGCAAAGCUCCAAGCAGCAAGCAAUCUUCCACAUCCUGCACUACUUUUUUUCCAAGACAUUUCACCUGUCCAGCCUGAUGGGCCCCCACUGAUGAGACGUGAGAUCUUCUCGUACACAUUUCUGAAGGCUAUACUUCUUUGGUUGGAAGGUGGAUCAAAAGCCCUGCUUCAAGGAUUCAAAAAGCCGCCAGACCAGCGGAAGAAUGCAAGCAGCUUUCCUUUACCAGACGAAGCUGACGAAAGUUCGAUACACGACUUAUUGAUACCAAGUCUCCUUCAAAAAGCAGGCGACACCCCUAUUCCAGACGUUGAUGCAUCACGCUUUGAGCGAGACGAAACGCGAAGGCUCUUUGAAUCCGAGAUAGCGGCUGUAAUUGCGUUUGGUAAUGCAAUUAAGAUACCUCUCCGCGACCUCUCGAAGGCGGAUAUACCAGCAGCAAGAAGCGGUCUACAUGGGUCGUUACCAGAAGCACAAGACCAAAAGACAGCACUUCGGUAUUGGGGCUUUAAAGUGGGUAGAGGCUUGCUCAUGAAAGCCGGAGAAGGCGCCAAUUUUCAAUUCGUCGAUAUCGCGUUCGGAGGCCUAGGCAUGGCAAAGAUUGACGAAGACAAAGCUCAAGAAGAUAUUGAUCCGGAUGAAGAGGAGCCUCUCAUACAAGAGGCAAGUUUGGUGAGGAGACCCCGUGGGGGAAAAUCCGAUGGACCACCAGCGGAGCGUCAUACCAAAGAUGCUGAUCCUACCCCUGAAGCCGAUAUCAUGCAUGAGUCUCUCGAACACACUCAAGAAAUGAAUAGCGACGCGGAAACCUACCGUCGGAAUGUAGAGGGAAACACUAGUGAUGAAGAUACUGACGACACUGAUGAUAACGAUGACGAACCGUCAGAAUCCGAGCAACCUUCGUUAUUCCAGUACCCUCUUGGACGCAGUAGGCAACGAGCCAGAGUCGAAGAGCACGUUCCUUGCCAUUCUCCUACCCGCCGAUACCGUGGUCACUGCAAUGUCAAAACCGUCAAAGACGCAAACUUCUUCGGCUUACAAGAUGAGUACGUCGUAAGUGGUAGCGAUGGUGGCCAUCUUUUCAUUUGGGACAAGAAAACAUCUGAGCUCCUCAAUAUCCUCGAAGGUGACGGCGAGGUCGUCAAUGUCAUUCAAGGUCAUCCCCACGAACCUCUUCUCGCCGUCUCCGGCAUCGACCACACGAUCAAGAUCUUUUCCCCCGACGCUCGCUCACAGGAGGACGCCAAAAAUGGCGUCAGUAUCAGCAGCUCCACGCACGGCUCUCAAGGCCAUUCGUCGUUGUCUGGUCGGCGACGCCAACGCUCCACCACCAAUAACGACGAGCCACAGCUCGGGGACGGCUUGACGAGCAGGAAGAAGAUGCAUGAGAGCUACCAGAUUGUGAGCCAGAACGAUGUGCAGAGGCAAGGGGGAAAUAGGGAUGCAUAUAUCACUGUAGGUCCCUUUCCCGCGUUGAGACCUAUGGCCGUCAGCUUUGAAGAAUGGCUGAGCUUCUUCGAUGGCUGA